CCUGCUCUACUGCUGCUGCCUGGGAGUUUAGAGCCGCACAACAAGCUCAAGCCACAGAAGCAACAACGUCCAAUACGCCGCUGUCCUCCUGUCGUCCCUUUAACUACCUAGUAACUAACGAACUGCAGCUAACCUAAUCAACGACUGACAACAACUCAGCCAUGAAGGAGCAGACACAUUUCGUACUUUGGCUGCAACUUUUAACAGCUUGCCUGGUGUUUGGAGUGAACGGUGAUUACUGUGAGGUGAAUGUGUGCACUAAUGGUGGAACCUGUGUGACCGGAUCAGGAGCUCCAUUCAUCUGUAUCUGCCCUGAUGGUUUCUCUGGAGAAACCUGCAAUGAGACUGAGACUGGACCCUGCAACCCCAACCCAUGCAAAAAUGAUGCCAUCUGCGAGGUGACAGGCCACUCCCGCCGCGGUGACGUCUUCAGCGAGUACGUCUGCAAGUGCCAGCAAGGCUUCGACGGAGUCCACUGCCAGAACAGUGUCCAAGGGGCAGAUUUAAGUUCAAGAAAAGAUGUGAAUGACUGUGCCGGCCAGCCAUGCCAGAAUGGUGGCACCUGCAGGGACCUGGAAGGAGAUUUCAAAUGCCACUGCCCGUCCCCUUAUGUGGGCAAACAUUGCCAACUGCGCUGUAUUUCUCUGCUCGGCAUGGAGGGAGGGGGCAUCGCUGAGUCCCAGAUCUCGGCUUCAUCAGUCCGUUACAGCCUGCUGGGCCUGCAGCGUUGGGGACCUGAGCUCGCCCGCCUUCACAACAAGGGACUGGUUAACGCCUGGAGCGCCGCUGCACAUGACAAGAACCCGUGGAUAGAGAUCAACAUGCAAAGGAAGAUGCGCAUUACAGGUAUCGUGAUGCAGGGCGCCAGUCGCAUUGGAACCGCCGAGUUCAUUAAGGCCUUCAAGGUGGCAUCCAGCCUGGAUGGCAAGACUUAUACCAUGUACAGAACAGACGGACAGAGGAAGGACAAUGUAUUUGUUGGAAACGUGGACAACGACAGCACCAAGACCAACCUGUUUGACCCCCCAAUCAUUGCCCAAUAUAUCCGCAUUGUCCCUGUGGUGUGUCGCAAGGCCUGCACUAUGCGCAUGGAACUGGUGGGCUGUGAACUCAACGUGUAUUCAAACACUUCAGGUUGUUCAGAGCCGAUGGGCAUGAAGUCCCGGUUGGUGUCUGACCGCCAGAUCACGUCCUCCAGCACAUUCCGCACCUGGGGCAUCGAGGCCUUCACCUGGCACCCUCACUACGCCCGGCUGGACAAACAAGGAAAGACCAACGCCUGGACCGCCGCCACCAACAACCAAUCUGAGUGGCUGCAGGUGGACCUUGGUUCUCCCAAGAAGAUCACAGGAGUCAUCACGCAGGGGGCCAAAGACUUUGGCUCCAUCCAAUUCGUCACAGCCUUCAAAGUGGCUCACAGUGAUGAUGGCUCGUCCUGGACCGUUGUGAUGGACGCAACCACACAGAAGGACAAGAUCUUCCCAGGAAACAGCGACAACAACGUUCACAAAAAGAACAUCUUCGAGCCCUCGUUCUACGCCCGGUACGUCCGCAUCCUGCCGUGGGAGUGGCACGAGCGCAUCACCCUGCGAAUGGAGCUUCUGGGCUGUGACGAGUAGCGCCGGCCUGGUCCAGCCUCCCUCCCCCUCCUCUUCCUCCCCCUCCUCCUCCUCUCUCUACCUCCCCCCUUCCCUCCUCGCUUCCCUCCCUCCCUUCUCCCUCCUGAGCCACACCUGCACUGCCUUGCUCUCAGCCCUAGGGGGCAGCAAACACCAGAGUAGCACACCACCACCCCCAACCCUGGCUGGUUGCAGGUGGGAGAUGUUACCUUUUAACCACUGUUACCAGGGCUCUGGUUGAGUUUAGCUCACAGCGUUCCCUCUUUGUUCGUUUCCUGAAUAGAUCACUCUUCUUUUCCACCUGAACCAAAUCUGUGAUCAUUUCAAGAAACGACCGUAUAUCUUCUUUGUCACUGAGCAGAGCUCAGGGUCCGAUUUGUAUCCCACCGAAGCAGCUAAAUCAAAGGUGUUGACUCCCUCAUCCCUGUGUCUAAGGUCAGGGGUAACAGGACUGCUGCUGUAUUAGUUGGUGCUGCCCAGAUUCUGAUCCUAGAUCAGUUCUACAUUGAACCUCGCAAGACCUACGGCUGGUGAUGUACAUAAGCUCCACUUGACAGCUUGCUCACAUCCUAUAACCAAACACUUCACUUCCCCUCAAGCCGCA